AUGGCAAUUAUACCAGCAAAAAGUGAAAGCAAAUCCAAACAACAUGCUGCUGGUGUGAGAUUCCGUCAAAGGAAAAUCUCGGUUAAACAACCAUUAACAAUUUUCAAGCAACGAGAGUUGCCCUCGUUAGAUGCAUCGGAGUUGGAGCCGAGUCAGAUCCAUCAUUUGAAUUCAAAUACAAUCGGUCAGCCGCCGCGAGAUAUCCAUGCUGUAGAAACUGGUGUCGAUAAAAAUGAGGAAGAAGAGGUUCAUUUACAAAAGGUAAUCAAUGCGGCUCAAAAGGCUCUCACACUGAGCCUGGCGGCGGCGGCUCUGAGCAGCUCGAAUAAAUUAAGCGAUUUGUAUAUACCUACACCAGAUGCUUCAAAGACAUGGCCAGAGGCAGGCAAAUACUAUAAGGACCAGAAGUUUAAAGAGCCCGAGUCCUAUGUCAAGUUUAGUGCUACCGUGGAAGAUACCGUUGGUGUCGAGUAUAAUAUGGAUGAAGAAGAUGAAGUAUUUUUCAAGGAAACAUUACUGAAAAAACUACCGACAAGUAAGAAAAAACUGGAAACAAACCUAGCAAAGUGUACCGAGCUAGAGUUUGAAACAGUAUGUGACAAAUUGGAAAAAACAAUUGAAACAAGACAGCCGUUUUUAUCAAUGGACCCAACAAAUAUUCUUUCUUAUGAAGAGAUGUCAAGCUAUAUUAUAGACCAAUUCGAAAGUACCAUAAAAACUAGCAACCCUUAUGUAGAGUCUAGUGGAGGAAACUUGGAUUACUUAUCCACAUCAACAUUAAAGGAAAGGUUAUCAAAAGAAUUAAAUUAUAGUCCAUUCACUACCAUAUUUGACAAGGAUCAAGACCAUACCCCUUUGGUACGUCCAAUUUCAAAAUUGUUGGAGCUAUUUGGGCGCGCAAUUUACGAACACUGGAAGAAUAGGAAGAUAAAACGCAAGGGUCGAAGUAUUCAACCUACACUACGGUUCGAAGACCCAAAUGCAAAUGAAAAGGAUAACGACAGCGAUCCAUACAUUUGUUUUAGAAGAAGAGAAUUUCGACAAGUGCGAAAAACUAGAAGAGCAGACACAGUGGGAGCAGAACGUAUUCGGCUUUUACAAAAAUCACUCCAUCGUGCUCGAGAUCUAAUCAUGGGCGUUUGCGAGAGGGAAAUUUUAAAUCUUGAUAACUUACAUGCUGAAUUAGAUGUCUUCAAACUUCGUUGCGAGGCUAAAAAUCUCAAGCGGGAACUUGGUAUCAAGGGCGACGAUUAUUUGUUCUUCCCUCAUAAGAAACGGAAGGUUGUUAAACCGAAAGAAGACGAAGAGGAGAAGGAAAAACGAAAAGAGAAGAAAAGACAAGAGGCAGAAGCUACUGCAAAAGGUCAUCAACAACAGCUGCUGCUGCAACAGCAGCAGCAGCAGCAGCACCAACAGCACCAACAGCAGCAACAAUUGCAACAACAGCAAUCAAAUCAACAACAGGAAGGGGCUUCCAACAACCAGCCAUAUAUCAAACUUCCAGCUGCAAAAAUCCCGGAUAUGGAUCUUGUUACCGUUUCAAACGUUUUGAAAGAAAAAAACGAUACAAUCAAGCGUGCUGUGUUUGAAAAGCUCCGCAAGAGAAAAGAACAAGACAAAGGUUUUGUCAACCUUACAGAUGAGCCAUACGAGCCAAUGUUUGACAUUUCGACAAACGAUCAAACUGUAGAACCUAGUCAUAUACCAUACUCCUCAAUUGCUGCUACCAAUUUCUACCAACUCAACACAUCUAACUACUUGAGUGAGUCUUUGAAAUCGUUAUUAAAAGAUAGCAAGCCUUUGCCAGGAGUCAGAACUUUCAAAGGGGAAAAUGGUGAGUUGAUUCCAACUAAAGCAUUCCCUCACAUACUGUCUCUUUUGCAUGAGAAAAUGUCGAAUCAUAAAUACAACUCAACAAGUUACAUUGCCAAAUUAUUGCAUAAUAUUGAGAUCAACAACUUUGACCAAUAUACACAUGGAUUUGUAAAAGAAAGUGCGCUUGAAAUGCAGCAGGACGAAGAUGAUAAUGCUAAGUUAUCUGAACCUAUUUUCAGAUGGCGUAAAAGAGCAGGACGCGCUAAUAGAAUGUUUCUUGAUAGAAGAGGUCAACAAACACCAGACAUUGUUGACGAGUUUUUCGAUUUAUCAAAUGACGUUGGCGAUGCACCAAAUGUAUACGAGAGCAAACUAGAUACGUUGAAAAGAUUAAAGUCGAACUGGAAGUUUGAUACUGAUUUAUCUGCCACUCAAAAGGGUGUACUCGAGCCGUUUAGUCUUGACCCAUCUCAUCUCAACAACAUCAGUGACGACACCCAAGCUAUACGAUUCGGCUCUAUGCUUCUUUCCAAGUCCUAUGGUUUACUUAAAGAAUCCGUUCAACAAAAACAACAAUCUUAUCUUCAACAGCAACGUAUGCGAGUUUUACAACAACAACAGCAGCUAACCAAUCGACAAAGUCAACAACACCUUGCGUCAAGUCAAAAGCAUAAUCAAGCACAGCAGCAAUCCCCUCCACCAUCACAGCAGCAGCAACAACAACAACAACAACAUCAUCAACAAGCUCAGAAAAGACUUACCCCUAGCCAACCGAAAAGUUCAACCAAUACAGUAAAUAACAAUCCGAAACCACUUUCGCCAGCUCAAAACUCCAUAAACAAGCCAUCAGCUCCACGCAUUCACUGA